AAACCGAAAGUGUUUGAGAUCGGUGUGUACGCAGUGAGGAGUGUCUGAGGUUCCGUUCUAAAGAGAGCUGAUCAGUGAGCUGAUGUUUCAUCCUCAGAGGAAGACUAUGGAUCUUCUUCCUCUCGUGUGUCUCUGUCUGCUGACCUGGUCUGCAGGAACGGCUGCUGAUCACAGUCCAGUGGUUGUCAAAGUGGAACAAGGCAGUUAUGUUAUUCUACCCUGUUCCCUCAGCACUCAGCAGAGCAUUACGUUUGAGCACUUUGAGUGGAAGAAAGAUGGUCAGAAGGAUGUGUUCUUUUAUGAUGGAGGCAAGCAUUCCAAUAACGACCAUAAAGGUCAAGAUGAGCAGUUCAAAUGUCGAGUCUCACAUUUUGAAGAUCAACUGAAGAACGGUAACGCCUCCAUAAAGAUCAAUAAUACGAAGAUAUCUGACAGUGGAAACUACACCUGUGAUUUUCCAGAUCUUCAACCAAGACAAACCUUCUACAUAAAGCUUGUGGUUUUUGGUGCAGCUGCAAAGCCGUCUGUCAGAGUAGUUAAAACAGAUGAUGGGGUGCAGCUGCAGUGUGAGGUUGAAGGUGUUUCUCCACAACCUAAAGUAGAGUGGAAGGACAGUGCUGGAAACAUCCUUCCUGCUAAAGAACCACAGGUCACAGAAAGAGGAGGAAGCUACAACGUCAUCCUACAAGCUACUGUAACCAAGGCUGACAACUUCACCUGUGUAGUUACGCAGAACGACAUCAACCAUCAGAUUUCUGCUGAGACAGUUGCUGCGCCUCUUAAUGAGUCCACUGGAUGGAUUGUUGGUGCAGUUUUCAUCACUCUUAUUGUAGUUGGUGUGAUUUUAGCUGUGCUUGUAUGGAAGGGCUGCAUCAAACUAAACUUUAAGAAAGGUUCUUGUCAGCAGAGCACGUUGUAACGAAGCUCCUGCUAACAGUUCAUCUAACAGGUCUUCUUUUAGGUCUAUGUUGUGAAGGUGUGUGUGUGUGUGUGUGUGUGUGUGUGUGUGUGUGUGUGUGUGUGUGUGUGUGUGUGUGUGUGCGUGUGUGUGCACUCUACAGUGUAGGGCUAUUUGAAUAUGAGACAGCUCAACAAUGUAUAGCUUCCUUAAUGACUCUGAGCAUCAACAGAUUGAAUACGUUUUUCUUUUAUUUGGAUGAACUCUGAAUGUUACUUUUAAUGUUAUUGUUUUUUGUUUUUUGAUUUGUUCUGUUUCAUCCUGUCAUUAUGCAUCUCAUUAGUAUUUCCCUCUCUCUCUCACAUUGUUGCUGAUGCUGUUACAUUAUAGCACAUUAAUGAAUGGAAUGAAGCGACAAACACAACUCAACCAAACAAGGAAAUUAUAAGAGAACAAACAUUUAUUUUAAAGAUCAUAUUGACUGUAUUAAAUCCAAAUGUUUAGUUCUAAAAGUUCGGGGGCUCAAACCAAAAAAAGGAAAGUACUAUAUAUAUACAUAUAAAAUAAUCAGGUGACCUGUUAGAACAGCAGAUCUAUUAUGAGAGGAGAAGAGAUGGAAACACAUGACUUCUGUCAGAUCUGAGACUGUUAAAUACAUGAAUGUAGAUCAGAUUGAAGGAAUCCUUUGUCACUGGGAUGUUAAAGAGAAGGUGGAGAUAAUCUUACUUGUUUCAGUUCUUGAAAAAGGUCCAUAUUGUAUUAAUAUGUUACAUCCAGUUGAACUUGAACUUGUUAGAAAUAUUUUAUUGCUUGAGUGUGAAUAAUUUUUAAAUAUGUGUAAAAUAAUUGUUUUACUGCAGUUAACUUAGAAACUCACUGCUUUGUUUUCAUUAUGAUGCCAAACAGGAGUCUUCUGGAGGCUGUUUACACCUGCUGUAUAUUCAGACAAACACUAUAGAGCGGUAUCUUACUCACAAUGGAACCUCUCACUGUCCAUCAUUACUCUCCUUUGUUCCAGUUCAGUGUUACACUAACCUCUAGUUACUUUAACCUGCUCUGUCAGCAGCCCUGCAGGAGAGGGACGCUGGGACACCCUGGGGUUUUCUGACUUCAUGAGACACACACUUUUACUUUCUCUCACCGUGUGGAAAUCUGAUGAUUUACAUCACAGAUGACCAAGAAAGGCAUUAAUGCCAGAAGGGAUGACACAAUAGAUGUUUUGGAGUUAACAGCAGUAUCAGUGAAAUUCCACGAUUCUUGAUCCCAAUUAGAUACCGCUGUAAAAAACUAAACAAUAAAUAUCAUAUACUUAAAUAUAUACUAUUAAUAAUAUAUACUAAAAUAUUCUAAAUACCCAUGCUAACACAAUAAAGACUUUUAUAUACAAGAAAUACUUAUUAGCAUCAUUGUACAAAGAAUACCAUCAUAGUAACUCACUAUCUGGAUUUGUCAUUGAUGCAAAAUACACAAAAUAAUAAUAAUGAAGCUCCGCUCAGCUGCCCUGAAAUAAUCAGAAUCAUUAGACAAAAGGAACUUGUAUUGUUUGCUGUUGUCUAGGUUUAAAAACAGUUUUACAUCAGAAAGUACAAGGCAAGACAAUCACAAUCUACAUGUAUACAAGGUUUGCCCUUUAUGAUCGGUAUAAAUACACUCUCUCCUUGUUUAUGUACACAGAAAUCAACCCGUCUCCUCCGUGCACUGACUUUCCCUCCUCUCUUCAUCCAUUACAGCGAUUACAAAAACAAAGUGUGUGUUCUUGAUCCCAAUUAGAUACCGCUGUAAAAAACUAAACAAUAAAUAUCAUAUACUUAAAUAUAUACUAUUAAUAAUAUAUACUAAAAUAUUCUAUAACAUUUGAACAUAACGAAAAACAACAGAAAGAAAGAAAUAACUUCAUGUGUAACGUUUCCUGAAUUUAACAAUCUGUUGUAGUGUUUCACAAAGUUUCUAAAGUUUCCCCUCACUCAGUAACUCAAAAUCGUAAGAUAUUUAAAAAAAUGUAUUAAAUAAUUUAUCUAGAGAUAAUGAGGUUACUAGUUCAGUGGUCAAAUCAGAUGAAACAGGCAGCGUGUUCACAAACAUCUGCAGCUCAUCAGCGGAGGUAAAAGAGCCCUAGCACAUAGUUUCAUUACAGUGAACUAAACAGAAGUGUGGUGUACUUAGAGGAUGUCAGUUUCAGUGUGACCCAGGAUGUAUUAGAGAUCAUAAGAUAUGUGGUCAGAAAGUGAAGGAAAGUGGUUUGUGUGAUCGGAUUAAGUCACAUGUUAAUACCAGGUGUAAACAGGCUCAUAGAGACACUGUGUGAUUCUUCUUCCUAUUGCAAUAGUGUGCAGUGUAUAUACAGUAUUUUAUUUUAUUAAGAGUUGUCUGUGCUGCUUCAAUGUGCCUUGUUGUUUGUUCACUAAUAUAUUCUGACUGAAUGUGUAUUAUUGAUGCUGACUGUCAUUACACAUAGUGAGGAUACACACUGUGUUAUAGAAGAUUGUUUGUGUUUGAAAUAAUAAAAUGUGAUUGGACCAAACCAGCUGUGAUGUCACAGAGUUUCCUUGUUGAUGAGAUAUUCUUCCAAUCAGUGAGUUAAUGUUGUUAAGUUGUCUUUUCUUCCUCAUGUGGUUCUUUGUUAUUGGAGCAGCUAGUUAGCUGGUGACGUAGCGACAGCACACUGCUACAAACUCUACAUCUGUCUACCAUCACUUCCUGUUUCUACUGUGGACAUUAAAGUGUCCUAAAUAAUAAUGAGACAUUACAAUCAUCAUGUUUAAACUUUUGUCUCCAAUCGUUUGAAUAAAACAAACUUUCCUGA